UUUCUCGCUUCCAUCAUUGAAUACCUGCACUGGUUUCAUGAGUGUCGACACGGCUCAUACGUCGUCAUUAUUGUUUCUGCCUUUCCACAACUAGCAACUGUGGUGUCGUAUUAUAGUGUUGAGAAAGACGGGACAAUUUUUCACAUAAACCAGGAUAAGCCUUGGGAUUUGUCGUGAAAUCGAACAUAUAUUUCAAAUACUUGAACAUUUUUCCAAGUGCUGUGGAACGAAACAAGAUUUCGUACAUUUCAAGUGAGAACAGUGCGUAGUUUUUGGUUUUUUUUUUCUUCGACCGAUGCCCCACUGUAAAAAUCAAGGAGAGAAUAAUGACAACAUCUUCUAAUUAGUGAUUUUAUCGAUCCAAGAUUGAAAAUUGGUUGCACGCUCUAGAAAAAAAAAUAUUGUUAAGAGAAUUCGUUUGCCAGAGGGCGAAAGGUUCAUUGAUUGCCAGACAUACUGGUGGCGAGAAGAAAAAGAAGCCUCCCCAAGACUGGAACUGGUAUAAGGAGAAAGUAAACGAAGAACGUAAACAAAAACAUAAAAUUCAUAGAAACACAAAGGAGAUGAAAAACUUGCGCUGGCAAUAAUAACACAACAAGAGUGUAUUGCAUUUAGCUGGUGUGAGUGAGAAUAUUGUGGACAAAGAAUUGAAAGUGACAUCUGUUAGCCACAGAGCCGACUAUUUGAAUUUGACAGGUCGUGAAUAUUUUCGACACACAAACAGACGGAGGCGAACGAGCUGGGCUUGUAAAAACAAGGACUGUAUUGUUGAAUGGGCUGAGUGAUUCCAGCGGAAACUAAUAGUGCUGUUACGUAGAUGUUUGCGUGGAUGACCUGACGUAUUCACCAAUACAUUGUUGACCCUGAUCAGCUGUGAAGUAGUAGAGCGUAUUUUUUUUUUCUAGCAGUUGAUCGUGUACCGUUGUCGUAGUUGCUUCUGCCGUCAGUGUAGUAUUAUUAAUACAUUAGAAACUGCAGCAGCGAAGAGGAGUAGGAGGACUAAUAAAGCGAGUAGGAGCAGUUACAGAAAGAAAGUUUGUUACCCUCCUAAUUCCAAGUGCCAAAACCUUUCUCGAUUAGGAACGAAAGCUGGGAUUUCAACUAAUUCACUGUUGUGCUUGAAUGUUAAAACAAACUCAAAAUUGCUUACGUUCAAGAGAAGCACGGCUCUUCUGCAAGGUCGUCAUCGUCCUCAGAAGAAGACCUCAAUGAACGACGAGCAACGGUACCAAGCACUAGCAGCGCGAGCCACCAUCACCACCACGCCCAAUCAAGUCAUCACCAUCAGCCACAUCAGCAACACCAGCAAUCCCCGAGUAGCCGAUUACGGCUUGCAACUUGGUCCUCCUCGUCUACAUCGUCUUCAUCCUCUACCCUAGAGCAAGAGCAACCAAGACAGGAUCGACCAAGUGAUUCAAGUGCUCAAGUCGAGGUGGAGUUGGAGCGAAAACAGGAUAAACUCGCCCGACGAGAGCAACGCCACCAGAGAAAGGAAGAAAGAGACCGAGACCCACAACAGCAACGUAGAAAGUCGACAAGGAGGAGAAAACAUUCACCACCACCGGAAGGAUCAGAUCAGUAUCAAUUGACGAAAGACAACAGAGGGGAAGGACACGAGGACAAGGAGAGUCAUCUGACCAGCCCCCAAAGCAGCAAACGCCGCAAAAUGUUGAACGAUAGCAACAAUCUCAAUGGGACGAUGCCACCAGCUGCAACAAUGGAAUCGUCGUCCUCGUGCGAGAUGAACGGCCACAACAAUAAUAAUGGCCAACCGGAGGGUGGACCAGCUAGCAGCAAUAUUGCUACCAACGGUGAAGCCUCAACCGCUCCACGCCCGUUGGUGAAGCUUGAUAAGACUGAUCAAGAGAUCGUACGAUUGAUUGGACAGCACUUGAAAAACAUUGGACUAGAGAAAAGCGCAGAGGCUCUGAUGCAGGAGUCUGGUUGCUGUUUGGAGCACAUAUCGGCAACCAAAUUCCGUCAGCAUGUUCUAAUAGGAGACUGGACCAAAGCCGACCAUGAUCUCCAGGAACUGCAAACUAUGGUUGACCCAAAGACCGAUCGUGCCAGUAUAAAUGAGAUGAAGUUCUUACUGCUGGAGCAAAAAUAUUUGGAGUUCUUAGAGGAAGGACGCCCCAUCGAUGCUUUACACGUGCUCCGUAACGAGCUAACCCCGUUACAGCAUAACACCCCUCGUGUUCAUCAACUGUCUUCUUAUAUGAUGUGCACCAACAAUCAGGAACUGUACCAACGGUCCAGCUGGGAGGGCAAGGGUCUGAAAUCGCGCACCCGGCUGAUGGAUCGACUCCAGUCGUAUCUGCCGGCUACGGUUAUGUUGCCACCAAGGCGUCUUCGCACCCUACUCGCUCAAUCGGUCGAAAUGCAAACCGAAAAUUGUCAAUGUCACGAUAUGGCCUGGACCACUAACAUAGAGAACGUUUCACUGCUGGUUGAUCACAAUUGCUCCUCCGAGGGCUUCCCAAUGCAAGCCUUGCAUGUAUUGAAUGACCACUCGGAUGAGGUAUGGUUCUGUAAGUUCUCACCGAACGGUCUAAGGCUGGCAACUGGUUCGAAGGAUAACACAGUGAUUGUUUGGGAAGUUGAUCCUGUUAAGUUGGCCUUGAAGAACAAGCGAACAUUCGAUGGCCACACGUAUGGUGUGUCGUAUAUUGCUUGGAGCCCGGAUUCCAAAUAUUUUAUCGUGUGUGGUCCCGAAGACUGCCCAGAUCUGUGGAUUUGGGAUGUGGAGCAGGAACGACUAGUGACGAAAGUGUCCCACUCUACGGACGAUAGUUUGACAUGUGCCGCUUUCAACAAGGAUGGAACCCGCUUCGUCACUGGCGGAACACGCGGUCAGUUUUAUCUAGUGGACUUGGAUGGAACCGUUCACGACAAUUGGGAAGGCGUACGCGUCAAUGGCUUGGCCUUCCUAUCGGACAACAAGACGAUUCUCGCCGCUGACACACACUACCGAAUAAGGGGUUACAGCUUUGACAAUCCCAGGACUGAUUACAAUAUUGUUCAGGAACAGUGUCCCAUUAUGACGUUCUCAGUAAACUCAGCAAACCGGCUGGCCCUGCUCAAUAUCUCCUCGCAGGGGCUGCAUUUAUGGGACCUACAGGAUAAAUGCCUUGUCCGUCGCUUCCAGGGCGUGACCCAGGGUAACUACACAAUCUACUCCUGCUUUGGUGGGAUAAACGAAAGCUUCGUGGCCAGCGGAAGCGAAGAUAACAAGGUUUACAUCUGGCACAUCCGCCGAGAGGAACCGCUAGCGACACUGGUGGGUCACACGCGAACCGUGAACUGUGUCAGCUGGAAUCCAGUCUAUCCGUCCCUGCUAGCCUCCGCGUCCGACGAUGGUACGGUGCGGAUCUGGGGACCAAAGCAGGCACAGCUGGCCUGGGCCGCCUGCAGUAACAACGGUGACAGCGCGUCGAUCGCAUCCACCUCGUCUACUGCCUCGUCGGCAUCGACAUCGUCCUCAUCUGCCGCCGCGAACAAUGAUCUUAUAUCGAAUUCUUCAUGGAAUAUCACAUAAUAUUAGAUUGUAUGUAGGUAGCGCGCCAACAGCCCACAAAAUGAUCGUGUUUAGCAUUAUAAUCGGUUUAACAAUUUAAAUAUUAAAUUUAGCGAAGUAAUUACCAAUAAUAUGAAGACAGGAAAUUAUUAUUGUUAUGGAACAAUAUCGCCGGAGAAUAAAGAGAAAAAAAGGAAACACAACACACACUCUAUGAAGAGAAACAAUACUGAAUAAUAAUCUAAAAGUUGAUAAAUAUAUUCGAACACAUUCAAAUGAAGCAAAAAAUAAAGAAGAAGAGGAGGCAUAACUAGCAACAGCAGCCAAUAGUGAACAGAAACUAAAUGAAACAUGUUUUACCUGGACCAUAAGGCAAAGACAAACAAGAAGAAGAAAGUCAUCACACCAAAAACAGACAGAAAACCAACUGCAUCGUCGUAGCAAAGCAUCAAUCACAGCAUCGGCGCCAGAAGGAGGUGAGUGAGCAGGAGUAAAACCUCAGUUCGCCAUAGUUCCGAAUAAUCAAAACCAGAGAAUAAACAGUGAAUGUGUGGAGGAGAUUCCCCCUGGCGAAGCGAACCACAAACACACGCACCAAUGCGGCAGAAACAAAUUCCAACUCGAUUUGAAACUAAAACUCGAAUGUGGAACGAUUUUAACUGAAGGAUUACGAGCGGCAAGUAAGUACAGAGUAGUAGUACAGUAGUGACAUGAUCGAUCGCUCCGCAAGCUUAGCGUAGGAUUCGAACGUUUAAUAUUUAAAAAAGAGUUUUUAUUUUUAAUAAGACGAAAAACUAUGAGUUAGUGUUUACAUUUGGUUUUCUUUUCAACCCCAAACGAUGGUCUACUCAUUGAAUUUAAAUUUGUAUGUAGGAAACUGAUACGAAAAAUGUUAUUGUCAUCAAUGACUUUCAAAAGUAUAAUCUUCAAACAGAUGCUCAUAAAACAUUGAUCUAAUUUGCAAAGUACAAGUUAAGAUGAUAAUUUUACAACAUGUUUUCGUUUUCGCGCAACUGCAACUGAAAUUUUCCUAACUAAUAUGUGUGUGUUUUUUCGUUUUCGUCGUAAUAGAAAUAGUAAAUUUAUUUCAGACCUGCAGUGUAUACAUUCUGCCUUACUUUUCUCCGUUUUGGAAACUAUAAUAUUUUUUUCUGCUCUUAGAGGGCGGAGCAUGGAAUGAUUCGUAUUGGUUUGUUGGUAUGGACAACAUAGAAGAUGGUAGGGUCUCGAAAAAUGACACGAGAAAUGAUAGGCAACACAAGAUUUAGCUCGUAGAAUGGAUAUGUGGAUUAAGUAUUUUACUGAAUAAAAUUUUAAGCAAGUCGAUUUGGGAUUUAACGACAGCAAUAA